UUGCUCUUUCUCCAUGCUCCAUGCUAGUGUUGACCAUGGAUCUUGUUCUUCAGGAUGUAAACAAGAAUCACACGGUUGGAUCCUACUUGUUUUAAGGUGUUGCUGAGUUUAUUUUUCAGUUUUUCUGUGCAAGGUCCUGUCAUCGCAAUUAAAGUCGCCCAAAGGGGUUUUAGCUGCACAUUUGCAAACAUGUUCGGUAACAGCAAUGACAGCAGGAAGAAAAGUUAAGAAAGUAGGACAACGUAAGUGCAAAGUAUAUUUUUUCCUCGGGAUUGUGAAGGAACCCAAGACGCUUGGUUAAAAUUGGACCGGGACAUCUGGAGUUACAGGAUCCUGCCACUUCUUUAUAAUGUUAAACCAAAGAGAAGGGCAUUAAAUAUCACAUGAAGCAUCAUUGUUUGAUCUUGAUGCCUAUAAAUACACAGUGAAGAAAGAAGAUGCUUUUCUCUGUAUGCAGGACGUGUUUACGGACUUAUUCACAAUUAAGUAUAAACCUAUAUUCACAUUAUGCUUCUAGACCUCUGACUUUGGGGGGGAUAAGAACUUUGGUCAUAAAAGGUCGACCAUUUGCCCCCUCACAGAAGCUUACCACUUUACAUGGAAAUAAACAGGGACAGUACAGAACUCACUGUCAGAAAAGGGCUUUUACCACCACCCAGCAAUUGGAUUCAUAUUCUAAUGUGCAGGUUCAGGGGAGUUUGCUGCAAGUUGGAGCUGCUUGGAAAGUCUGCCCCAUUCGCCAUGCAGUGUCUGAAGCUUCUCCCUCCAGUGUGGCUCCCACCUUUGUUGUGAUGAGAUUUGACCAAGAAGGAAAUGUCACAACGUUUGAAAAGAAGAAGACAGAGCUUUGUCAGGAGUUGAGUCUGCAGGCCCGAGAUCUCCGCUUUCAGCACAGCACAAGCCUCACUGCCCGGAACAACUGUAUCAUCAUCAGAAUGGAGUCCCUAAAAGCCAUUGUGACCCUGGAGAGUCUUCAAGUUUUGGACUUUCGAGGCGUGGGACUGGAGCGGUGGCUGGUGCUGGAGCUCGCCCCACAGCUGGCUACUCAGACGUACUCUCUCCCGUUUGAGUUCAGGGCUCUGGAAGCCAUACUGCAGCACCGGGUAAACACUCUCCAGACCCGGUUAAAUGAGGUUGAGCCUGUCAUAUUGGACACACUGGAAUCUCUAGUUGACCCAAAAAUUCUCUCUGCCGACCGAAGCAAGCUACAUGUUUUACUUCAAAACAGCAAGAGUUUAUCAGAGUUGGAAACUGACAUAAAGGUUUUCAAAGAGUCUUUGCUGAAGAUUUUGGAUGAAGAUGAGAUGAUCGAAGAACUUUGUUUAACCAAGUGGACGGACCCAAGAGUUUUUGAAGAGAGCAGCCUGGGUAUUGACCAUGCUGAGGAGAUGGAACUGUUGUUGGAGAAUUAUUACAUGCAGGCAGAAGAGCUGGGGAAUAAGGCCAGAGAGUUAAAAGGACUAAUAGAUGACUCUGAAAGUGUUAUUUUUAUUAAUCUGGACAGUCAUCGAAAUGUUAUGAUGCGUCUCAAUCUACAGCUAACAAUGGGCACAUUCUCCCUAUCUUUGUUUGGCCUAAUCGGAGUGGCGUUUGGUAUGAAUUUGGAGUCAUCAUUUGAAGAGGAUCCCAGAGUUUUUUGGCUUGUCACAGGUUUUAUGUUUUUGGGGAGUGGAUUAAUUUGGAGGAGACUGCUUUCAUUUUUGGGACGGCAUCUAGAGCCUUCACUGAUCCCUCCAGUGUGGAAAAGAAAUCUAAAAGGUGGUGGAAUAAGAUGAUCCUUAUUUCUGCUUUGUAAAAAGCCAUUGAGCUGCUGAGGACCUAACCCUUACCUCACUGCUGGACUCUGAAAUCAUAAUUUAAUUUAAAGUUGUUACCAAAUCUGUGUCGAACCAACUGUAGACAUGAUUUGCUGUUUCUGAUAAAGUCCAGUAGGGGUCACGAUUUUAUUGUUGUUACCAAAUCUGUGUCAAACCAUACAAUGGUAUGGUAGACAUGAUUUGCUGUUUGCCCAGUAGAGGUCAGCAUCACAUUUACCUCCUUCAUCCACUGUAAUUCAAUAUGUUUUAAUAUUUGAAAGUGUACUUGUAACUAAAACUUCAAAGCGAA